AUACCUUAUUAGAAGUAAUAAACAGUAAAGAACAGCGUCGGUGGAAGAACUGGUACGAUACUCCAGUCCAGGAUGCACAUUACAACGGAGUCAACUCGAAUAAAGAAAGGAUAAAGGAAUCCAGUUGUCAUUAUGGUGAAAGAAUGGGAAUUGAAAAGAACGAGUAUAAAGCUUUGAAAUAUUUACAUCAAUCUGUUGAUAGUGGUCAUAACGAUGAAUU